GAUGCGGAUCGUAGUAAAUUCUGACGUGACAAGCUGUACGCAUGUGUUAAGUGUUUCUCGGUACCUAGGUUAUAUUUAUGUUACACCUGUUGCACAUACAUUGACAUCUAAUCGCUAUUAUAAUCUCGCUUAACCUCCGUUAAUGUUUUCGUCUAAUAUUUGUAUUACUAUAAAAUGAUUUCUGAUAAUGUCAGAUACAUUCAUUGAAAAAGAUAAUAACAACGAAGUAGAAGCUCAAAGUCACUCGAAAACGAUACUUGACGUUAAAUCGUUGAAUCUAUCGGAGCGCCCGUUACCCGACAGUCGAAUAGUAACUUCUCGGAAAAUUUAUUCAGCGAUUCAAAUUGAAUCGAACGUGAAUUACGAUGAUUUAUGUGGUUCGUGGGUUUACCCGAAAAAUCGUGUUUAUAGUUGGUAUAAUGAACCGCCGAUCCCAAGUGUAUGCAUUUGGCAAUACUUUACAAAACAGGAUGUAGAUUAUUUGAAGAAGUACCAGAAAAAUAAGGAAAUUGUACUUUUCUUCUUUGAAAAUAAGUUCGCAAAAGAAUGUAAAACAAAGAGCAACGAUAUUCUUCUGUACGAACUGUGGGAAUUUUUCAAAUUCGCGAGGCUUCAUUCGUUUAGAGGUAAAAGUAUUUCCGCAGUUUUAGGACUUGUAUACUUGAUGCAUUUAUUUUUUCUAUCGCACCCAUGGCGGUCAGCUAAAGAAAUUUAUGAGUUUUUCCAUGAAGCUACUUUGUUGCAUACAGUAUUGGUUCGUAUCUUAAAUUUUUUUUUAGUACUAUAACAAGUACUAAAA